AUGGUUGUGUCUGGCAGCGGUAUGCGGAGGUUCCGGUCGACGGGUAGUGCCGGUUGCUGGACGAGCGGCAAUUUAUGCAAACUCAUAACCAUCGUCGCAGCGAUAGCAACGACCGUCCUUGCCACAGCUGGAUUACCAACACCUGAGCUGUUGUGUUCUUACAAUGAUGGAUUCCUUUAUACCGUACCUGGGUCACAGUGUAGUGCCUACUAUCGAUGUUACGACAAUCAACCUAUCCGCUACGAGUGUCCCGAUGGAGCGAAGUUUGAUUUCAAUCAGCAACGGUGUGUUCGAACCAAAGGUACCUGCUACGAACCGGUCUGCACUGGCAAGACAAAUGGAGUGUACGGCGAUACAUCACAAAAUUGCCAACGAUCGUACCGCUGCAAGGGAGGAUCGAUCGAACACGUCGACAUUUGUCCGAUAGGAAGGGCGUUCGAUGGUCGUCGCUGUAGUCCUGUGGAAGAGAUAACGUGUGAAAACCCGAGUUUAUCCAGCGCAUCUUUCAAUUACGAAGCAGAUUCCCGUUGUUACGGCUUGACCAAUGGUAACCAUGUGCUGCAAGAUAGUGGUAACUGUAGGAAGUAUCUUGUGUGUCACGCCAACCAAGUGCAAGAUGUGCUCGAGUGUCCACCAGGCUAUGGAUUUGAUGAGCGUGCGAAACGGUGCACGCUGCUGAACGGAGGUGGCUGCCACUCCCCGGGCAAUCAACCUGCGUCUACCGAGGUCGUAAAUUCCUGCAGCUUUCUUCCCGAUGGACUGCAUCUGGCGGCCACCUCGAAAGACUGUCGAACGUACGUACAGUGCCAAUCACGGCGACAGAUUAACCGCCUGGAAUGUCCUCCGAUGACGGUGUACAACGGUCAGCAAUGUGUACCGAGCUUUCUGUAUCACUGUCCGCGGCUCGACUUACCGGGAGACGUUUGCCAGCAUCGACAAAAUGGCUAUUACGUGGAUCCGCGUAAAGGUUGCGGAUAUUAUGUUCGUUGUGCAGCGGAACGGACCGUCGAGCAGUACUCCUGUCCAUAUGGUUUCUAUUUCGAUGAAUCGUCUGGUGCUUGUCGUGGUAACGAGGAAAACGAUGGAACUUGUCACCGACUAGCGUACUCGGUUGACUGUGCGCAACGAGCAUCCGGCUAUUAUCAAGACUUUACAGUAACUGCAAAUUCGCCAGUCGCCUGCGGGACAUACUUUCAUUGCCACAACGGUGCAAAAACGGUACUUCGGUGCAGAAAUGGCUUCAUAUUUGAUGGUGAAAACUGCGUCUCGGAGGCAAGCUACACGUGUUCCAUCGAGGAUAUCGACUCGUGCCGGAGAAAACCGAACGGGUACUAUAAGGAUGCUCGAUCAGGUUGUCGCGCUUACCAUCUCUGCACUGAUGGUAACAAAAUCUCGUACCUGUGUGGUCCAGGACAGGUAUUCGCCAAUGGGGCGUGCGUGGAACGGAGACGAAGCGAACGUUCUAGCGAUGAGACUUUAACCUGCGAUGAGGAUUCUAUUUGUGCAGGUCGCCCAGAUGGUUAUUACCCGGAUCGCGCUUCCCUGUGCCGUCAGUACUACUUUUGUCAGCGAAACGAAAAACUCCAAACCCUGACCUGCCGUGGUAGUAAGGUAUUUGAUGGGCAUAGCUGCGUAUCGAGAGAUGCGUACAAUUGCCCUGCACCUGAUGAUGUCGAUGCAGCGGCCAGCGAGAACUGCAUCUCGCGAGAUUGCAGCGCCCCCAUAUGCGAACGUAACGGGUUUUUCGCCGAUUACGAUAGUAACUGCGAACAAUAUUUCUUCUGCAUUGACGGCAAACAAAGCGCACUCCGGUGUUCGUCAAAUUAUGUGUUCAAUGGUGAGAUUUGUGUGCCUAGUGGUUCCUACUAUUGCCCCCGGUAUUGCACUCCAGCAGAAUCCUGCUGAUAAUAUGCGGUGUAGCGUAAUGAAAAAAUACUCUUGACAACGACA